AUGACAGGCCAGGCAGCAGAGAGGGACCGGUCACCUCAUAACCUGUCCGUCAAAACCACUUUGGAUGAUGAGAUUGAACGAGCAGAGAGCAUACUCAGCAGGGUGCCGUCGGUCUGUGAUGACACAUGCUCAGAGCUGCAGAGGGUGGCAGCGCUGGACCCACAUGGAGGCCAGUCGAGAAAUUCUUUUCAAAGGAGAGGAGCUGUCUCAAGACUAGUGAACCUUGUGGUGCGACUCCGGGAAUGGGCCCACAGAAGUCUUUUAGAGGAAGAGGAGCGGCCGGACUCCUUCCUGGAGCGUUUCCGAGGUCCUGAACUCAGAACCGCCCCUAGCCGCAGCAGCAACAACCCACAAGAGGGCGCUGACGACCCCAAAAGCAUCAUUAAACGAAAAUGGGACUUGUUUGUGGUGUCUCCAUCCGACAAUGCAUACUACCGUUGGCUGUUUGUUAUCGCCAUUGCUGUCUUAUACAACUGGUUUCUUGUAGUAGCCAGGGCUUGCUUUGAUACGUUACAAGUGGAUAAUUAUGUCUGCUGGCUGGUGCUGGACUACCUCUCUGAUACUGUGUACUUGAUGGACACUUGUGUUCGCCUCCGCACAGGUUUUCUGGAGCAAGGGCUGCUGGUGAAGGACCAUGCAAAGCUUCGGGAUAGUUAUGUUCACACAUUGCAGUUUAAGUUGGAUGUGCUGUCGAUACUGCCCACAGACCUGGCCUACAUUGCCACAGGACACACUCCCCAGCUCCGCUUCAAUCGUCUGCUUCGUUUCCCUCGAAUGUUUGAGUUUUUCGACCGUACAGAAACCCGCACUAACUAUCCCAACAUCUUUCGCAUCUGUAAUCUGGUGCUCUACAUCCUGGUCAUCAUCCACUGGAAUGCUUGCAUUUACUACGCCAUCUCCAAGUCUUUGGGAUUUGGAUCAGACUCUUGGGUUUUUCCAAACUCGUCUAAACCGGAGUUUUCCUCUCUCACACACAGUUAUGUCUACUGUCUGUACUGGUCCACCCUCACUCUCACCACUAUUGGGGAAAUGCCUGCUCCAGUGCGAGAUGAAGAGUACUUAUUUGUGGUCUUUGAUUUUCUUGUUGGUGUUUUAAUCUUCGCCACUAUUGUUGGAAAUGUUGGAUCAAUGAUAGCCAAUAUGAAUGCUACACGUGCUGAGUUUCAAGCUCGAAUUGAUGCCAUAAAACAUUACAUGCACUUUCGCAAAGUUAGCAGAGAUUUGGAAACACGUGUCAUUAAGUGGUUUGAUUACCUGUGGACCAAUAAAAAAGCAGUUGACGAACAAGAAGUGCUUAAAAACCUUCCCAACAAACUUCGAGCUGAAAUUGCCAUAAAUGUACAUCUUGAAACAUUGAAGAAAGUGCGAAUUUUUCAAGAUUGUGAAGCAGGACUUUUGGUUGAACUUGUCCUUAAACUGCGACCACAAGUCUUCAGUCCUGGUGACUACAUUUGCAGGAAAGGUGACAUAGGAAAGGAGAUGUACAUUAUAAAGGAGGGUAAACUGGCUGUAGUGGCUGACGAUGGAGUCACGCAGUAUGCCCUCCUCACUGCGGGGAGCUGCUUUGGGGAAAUAAGCAUUCUCAACAUUAAAGGAAGUAAAAUGGGAAAUCGCCGUACAGCUAAUAUCCGCAGCUUGGGCUACUCUGAUCUCUUCUGCCUCUCUAAAGAUGACCUGAUGGAGGCAGUGACAGAAUAUCCUGAUGCAAAAACUGUACUUGAGGAGAGGGGUAGAGAGAUUUUAAUGAAAGAAGGUCUGUUGGAUGAAAAUGCAGAAAGUGGUGGUCUGGAGAAAGAAGACACCGAGGACAAAGUGGAGAGACUUGAGACCGGAUUAGACACUUUGCAGACACGAUUUGCACGAUUGCUUAAUGAAUAUACACAUACACAGCAGAGGUUAAAGCAGAGAAUAACUCUAUUGGAGAGGCAGCUGAAUCAGACUGACUGUGGGGCUGAUGAUGAGGGGAAGGGUGGGUCACAUAUAGCAAGAGAGGAAAAGGUUAUUUCACCAACAAAGUGA